CCCAGACAGUAUAAGCCUAAUAGAGAAUGUAGUUUCGGUAAUUUACCUCACUGGCUUUACCUGCACCGUAGGAAUGUGACCCGGUCAGACCGCUCAGCUCUUCAUACAAGUAGAAUGACUUCUGAAUUUUGACAGGCCACCUGUUACGAGAGAGAGAGGACGUUCUCGCUCAGGGAGGUCGGUUGGAAUAUAAAUCAUUUAUCCAUCUACCUCACCUGAAAUACAGACAGCUACAACACAGCACCAAGAUGGAUGAAUGCUGUAUGUCAGCUGAAGACUCGGAGAGACUAAGGAUACACAAGGAGAUUGAGAGACAGCUUCGCAUGGAAAAGAAGGAAUCUCACCGUGAGAAAAAGUUGUUGCUUUUAGGGACUGGUGAGAGUGGAAAGAGCACUUUCAUCAAACAGAUGAGGAUCAUCCAUGGGACGGGCUACUCGGACGCAGACAAGCGAGGCUUCACCAGGCUGGUUUACCAGAACAUCGUCAAUGCUGUUCAGAACAUGAUCCAAGCCAUGAAGACCCUACAGAUUGAUUUUAAAGAUCACCAGAACAUUAGCCAUGCAGACAGACUGAGCAUGGUGAAGGCAGAUCUAGUGACCAUACUGGAGCCAUGGCAGGUGGAUGCCAUCAGGAGACUGUGGAGCGACCAGGGAAUUCAGAAGUGCUACGAGCGCAAGCGAGAGUACCAGCUCUCUGACUCUACCAAAUAUUACCUGAGUGAUCUGGACAGAAUCACUGCCCCCUCAUACCUCCCCACCCUGCAGGACAUCCUGAGGGUCAGGGUCCCCACCACAGGCAUCAUAGAGUACCCCUUUGACCUCAAGACUGUCAUCUUCAGGCUGGUGGAUGUGGGGGGUCAAAGGUCAGAGAGGAGGAAGUGGAUCCACUGUUUUGAGAGGGUCACCUCCAUCAUCUUCCUGGUGGCUCUCAGUGAAUACGACCAGGUCCUCUAUGAGAGUGCCAACGUGAAUCGACUAGAGGAGAGCAAAGCCCUGUUUACAACCAUCAUCACAUACCCCUGGUUCCAGGAAUCCUCCAUCAUCCUCUUCCUAAACAAAACUGAUCUUCUAGAGGAAAAGAUCUACCACUCCAACCUGGCAGACUACUUCCCAGCGUUCAAAGGUCCCCGGAAAGAUGCAGAGUCUGCUAAGAAGUUCAUCCUGAAUAUGUACAAAGAGCAGCACAUGGGGCGUCACAAAUUCCUGUACAACCACUUCACCUGUGCAACGGACACAGAAAACAUCAGAGUUGUCUUCAAAGCAGUCAAAGACACCAUCUUUAGAGAAAACAUGACUAAGUACAACCUGGGUUAGGGGUUUAGUGUGAUUUCAGAUCUGUAUAUGGUGCAAUAGAGUUAAUUCACUUCCGGUUUACAGUUUUGGUACAGACAUUUAAGUAACUGUGGUCUUGAAUUAUACGCUUUCUUACUAUAACAAAGCCAGGGAUCACAGUCAUAGCACCAACAGAAGCACAUCAGAACUGUUUUUAUAUAAUCAUUUCAAAAAGUUAGAAUCGUAACAACUCCUGAACAUCUUCCAUGUUACAAGAUGGAGGGUAUCGGUAGACUAUCCCAUCUGUAUGACAUAACUACUGAUGAGAGAAAUACCCUGAGGAAUGUUGUGGACCCUGCAUCUCUACCUGGGGUUCCUGCCAUGAAGAGGAACUAAAGGGAAAAUAUGCCUACAGAGAGUGCAAGCUCCUUAGUUUACAUUUGUGUUGUAAUGUCAUGUGUGUGUUUCAUAUGUAUGUUUCAUGAUUUACACUUUCCUUAUUUGUAGGUCUUUUUAAAACUUUAAAUUAAUGAUUAACUCUAGUCAUUCAAAGGAUUCUGGAACGGUCACUAGUUUGUUGUAGUUUUUUAAUGUGUGUGUUAGCAAUAAAUCAUUCAAAUCUACCUUUUGGAGAGUUCUGUCAUACUCAUUUCAGACAGGACAUAGAGAUAGAAAUAGAGAAAUAACGCAUGGUUUAAUACAGUAAUAGUUUAUGAUAGCCUAUGUAAUAUAAUACAGUUGAAGUCGGAAGUUUAUAUACACUUAGGUUGGAGUCAUUAAAACUCGUUUUUCAACCACUCCACAAAUUUCUUGUCAACAAACUAUAACUUUGGCAAGUCGGUUAGGACAUCUACUUUGUGCAUGACACAUUUUUGAGACCUCCACAAGUCUUGUUCAUCCUUGGGAGCAAUUUCCAAACGCCUGAAGGUACCACGUUCAUCUGUACAAACAAUAGUACGCAAGUAUAAACACCAUGGGACCACGCAGCCGUCAUACCGCUCAGGAAGUAGACUCGUUCUGUCUCCUACAGAUGAAGGCCCUUUGGUGCGAAAGGUGCAAAUCAAUCCCAGAAUAACAGCAAAGGACCUUGUGAAGAUGCUGGAGGAAACAGGUAAAACGAGUCCUAUAUCAACAUAACCUGAAAUGCCGCUCAGCAAGGAAGAAGCCACUGCUCCAAAACCGCCAUAAAAAAGGCCGACCACGGUUUGCAACUGGACAUGACAAAAAUCGUACUUUUUGGAGAAAUGUCCUUUGGUCUGAUGAAACAAAAAUAGAACUGUUUGUCCCUGAUGACCAUUGUUAUGUUUGGAGGGAAAAUGGGGAGGCUUGCAAGCCGAAGAACACUAUCCCAACCGUGAAGCACGAGGGUGGCAGCAUAAUGUUGUGGGGGUGCUUUGCUGCAGGAGGGACUGGUGCACUUUUCAAAAUAGAUGGCAUCCUCAUCCCACUCAUCAGUGGGUUGGGAGGAAAAUUAUGUGGAUAUAUUGAAGCAACAUCUCCAGACAUCAGUCAGGAAGUUCAUGCUUGGUCGCAAAUGGGUCUUCCAAAUGGACAAUGAAGCAUACUUCCAAAGUUGUGGCAAAAUGGCUUAAGGACAACAAAGUCAAGGUAUUGAAGUGGCCAUUACACCAGCUCUGUCAGGAGGAGUGGGCCAAAAUUCACCCAACUUAUUGCGGGAAGCUUGUGGAAGGCUACCUGAAGCGUUUAGCCCAAGUUAAACAAUUUAAAGGCAAUGCUACCAAAUACUAAUUAUGUGUAUGUAAACCUCUGACCCACUGGGAAUGUGAUGAAAUAAAUAAAAGCUGAGAUAAAUCAUUCUCGCUACUAUUAUUCUGACAUUUCACAAUCUUAAAAUAAAGUGGUGAUCAUAACUGACCUAAGACAGGGAAUUUUUACUAGGAUUAAAUGUCAGGAAUUGUGAAAAACGGAGUUUAAUGUAUUUGGCUAAGGUGUGUGUAAACUUCCGACUUCAACUGUAUAUAAUGGAAGGGUUAUGAUAUUGAAUAUUGCCAGAGUCACCUCAUUAUUUGCUUUGUGAAUAACCCAGAUUGUGUGUUAAUUAAUUACUGUAUACAGUACUCCCAGUUCUUUGUCUGACACUCCCUCUUUUAACCACACAUGCACACACCCACUUGUGUACACACACACACACACACACACACACACACACACACACACACACACACACACACACACACACACACACACACACACACACACACACACACACACACACACACACACACACACAGGUGUGGCGGUGGCAGGAUGUUGUGGCAAUGAACUUUGUGCCAAACAGGUAAAGCUCCUUUCUCACCCUCUUCCCGUUUAACUGGUGAGACUGAGACCAAUAACAGAGGUGAGUGACUAAGUUAAAAAACACACACCCGUCCAAAGAGGAUCUCCACAGGGAAAGGUGUUCCAACUAUGUAGAAGGAAGGUUUAUGGUUUACUAACCAGUGUGAGCGACUAUUUAAUGCACAGAAAAUUAGAUAGUGUUACCGUGUGUUGAUAUUUCAGUGUUACAUUUCCAGUGUUGAUUCAGGUGUUAAAUUAACGUUGUAAGUGUUGGUGUAAAUAACCAGUGUUAAACCAAAGCCACGCCCAUCAUUAUCAUAUGUAUGCUAUAUUGAAGGCAUAUUUUUUUUUAUUGCUGAUUUCAACAACUACGUUUUUGCAUGUACAU